CGCCGCCGCCUCGGCCGCCGCUCCCUCCGCCCGCCGGCCGCCCCCGGCCGCAGCCCCUGCCUCCUGCCAGCACCAUGGAGUUCUCCGAGAGGAAAAGGAGCAGGAAAUCCCAGAGCUUCAAACUGGUGAGCCGAGAUUAUCACCAUGAGGUAUAUAAGAUCUCAGAAUUCAGCAACGAUGUUAAUGGGGAGGCCAAAGAGACCCAACCCAUUUAUUUAGGAGAUGAAAGCAUGGAAAUUAAAAAACAAAUCACAGGAAUGAGAAGAUUACUGAAUGACAGCACUGGGAGGAUCUAUCAACGUGUGGGCAAAGAAGGAGAAAAAUUAAAGGAAGAACCCCAGGAUUUGGAUUCAGUCUGGCCUCCACGUUUGAACUCCUCUGCUGAGGCCCCACAGAGCCUCCACCCUUCUUCACGUGGUGCGUGGAAUGAGUUACCAACCCCCAGCGGGCAAUUCUCAGGGCAGUAUGGCACCCGCUCCAGAACCUUCCAGAGUCAGCCCCACAGCACUGGGAGCUCCAACGGAGAACUUCCCGCCGUGAAUUCGUCCGUUGGAUCCAACUGCUGUACUUGCAACUGCCAGUCAACGUUGCAAGCCAUCCUCCAAGAACUCAGGACCAUGCGGAAAUUAAUGCAAAUUCAAGCAGUUGGAACCCCAAACAGACAACAACCCCCGAUUUCCCUUAUAUGCUCCCAGCGAACUGCUGUCUCACGCAAGAGAAAUAAAAAGAAAAAAGUGCCCCCAAAGACUGUUGAACCUCUGACUGUGAGGCAGAAGCCUGGCGUGUUAGAAACGGAGAAGAAGACAGCCGGGGCCUCAGAGCAGCCUGGCUCCCAGGAGGCCGAGGCCCCCUCGGCCGGGGAGAACCGCGUGCUGGGAUUCGGCAUCGUCCUGGAUUCGCCUGCCUCCGAUCCAGAAGUGCAACUUGCUGAAGGCUUUGAUGUGUUCAUGCCUAAAUCACAGCUGGACUCUAUAUUGUCAAACUACACUCGCUCAGGAAGCCUUCUGUUUAGAAAGCUGGUGUGUGCAUUUUUUGAUGACAAGACUUUGGCUAACUCCUUACCCAAUGGGAAGAGGAAAAGAGGACUCAAUGACAACCGAAAAGGACUAGACCAAAAUAUUGUGGGUGCAAUAAAAGGUUGCCCUACUUCUCUCUUGGAACAAAUGAGAGGAAGAUAGCAUGUGUCAAAGGCUCUCAUCCUUUGAACCUCCGGGGCUGGAAACUAUUCGUAUCUGUUGUGUGACUCAAGGGUCCCGGUUUCAGAUAUGCCGGCAAUGCCUCCACAGGACUCCCCUGAAUAACGGCCUCAUUUACCAAGCUGGCAGAAAGGCCUUUCCAGACUUCAGCACGACUCUCACAUCUGGAUCACUAAACAAAGCUGUAUAGUUUUCCAGAUGGCCUUCUCGUUAAGGGCUUGAAGAAAGCGUGGUCUCCGUUCUUGGCCAGCUCGUGGCCCGUCUCCUCGAUCACAGGUUUGGUGCACUUGUGUAGCCAACUUCUUUACCAUGUGUGACACCGUGGUCCUUGCUGCUUCUCCAGCACCGCAUAAGUCACGAGGACACCAGAACCUCCGCAGUAUCAUUGACCUCACAAACGCGGAAAUCAUCAGCAGGCAUGACAUUUCCAUUAACAGCACCAGCUUGGGUGCCCACCCGCCAGGCGCCAGGAACCGGUGACUUAGACAGGAGUAAGGGAUGGCCUCGGACCCUAAGAAACGUGCAGGGCGGUGGAGCUUCAGACACAUGAACGGUGAGCCAUAGCACAGAACCGUGCUCCAGGACAGAACAAAAUAAAUGUCACAGCACCCACUACUGAACGGAGGGAGAAAGCACAGAGGAGGGACAGCCCUGGAAGAGAAGGCCUCGCCGAAUAGGUGACUCUGAACUAGACUGUGAAGGAUGAGAAGUGUAUCAAAUGCAAAGGGGAUGGAAACGGUUAACUACAGGAUAAGUUUAAUGAGGCCGAAAUUAAAUAAAACACUGGGUGGAAGCCUUCUGCCCCCAGAACUGUUUGAAGUCUGUUCUGAGUUGAUGGGCCUUGAGUCCUCACCGACCUGUUUUCCUUAAAGUGUUUAAGUCCAUGAAUGUAGAUGCCAGGGAAACACACCCCAGGAGUUUUCAGCCAGAGCUGCGCUUCUUGAAGUUUCUUCUUGAGCUUUUGAAGGCCUCACCCCAGGCCUGAUGAAUCAGAAUUUGGGGCGCUGGGGCCACGGCAAGUCAGAAGUCUGUCCUUGCUUUGUCACCAGUCUUCCAUAAGCUCAAAAAAGGAAUCUCUCCUUCCUCAAAAUUCCAGAUCCAUCGGCUUGCUACAUGCGGAGCAAGUGGAAAUGGGGAGAGAUUUGCUAAGAAGGUUGCGGCUUCUCGUGGCUUCUAUUCAGCCUCUCACAGAAUGGACAGGAACCAGUUGUGGGCUAACCUGCGAGGAUUCAACUCAAACUCCCAGUCACUGGAUUCUUAAAAACCUGCAUUUUAACACCGCUGCCUGGGUUGACAAAACCAGCCUCCUGUCAAAAGAGAGAAGUUUCUGUAGCCCAAACAGGGCCACUCCAGCGUGACUGUGCAUUGCACAAUGUUACGGGCACCCUUCCCGUUGUUGACAUUGCUGAUUUGUCUCUUUAUUAUGACAGUUUUCUGGCAGGCGCAAGUGAAAUGUCCCGAGGAAGGGGCGCCUUCCUGGUUUGCACGGCAGCACCGAAUGGGCCAGCCGUGGCCCCGGAAAUAGAAAGCGGUGUUUUCGGCGUGGCCCAUCACCUUUUUGUGUGGAUCCCUCAAUAGCAUGGCUGAUCCACGAUGCUCACCAGCAUCAUAAGGCAAUAAUGCCACAUCUCUGUUUUCUUUCCCACUGUAGGGGAGAGGACUUGUAUGAGAAGCCCACAGUUGGUCAAAUUACAUUCCUUGUAGCUUUCCUCCUGGACCUGUCGUGGGUGCCAGUAAUCUGACACAAGUUUUAAUUCCGUUCCAUAAACAGUUAUUGAGUAUCUCAUACAAGCUAUACUUCAAAAAUCUGAGAGACGCAGGAAUUGAGACUCGCUUGAAUUUCUGCCCUAAAGGUGUGUAUGCAAAUGAUCAUGGAGUACUUCUGGUCCCUGUAGUACCACACAAAAAAACUAAGGGUGUAUGUCAGCUUCCAUUAAGAAAACCCCUUGAAAAUCCAUAGACUUUCAUUUAAAAUUGAACUGAAAGCUGUCAUCGAUUUUGGCCGCCUUUAUUCUUUGUCUAAAAGCAAGCAUGGCUGUGUCUAUCCUGUUAAAAGCACCCUUAGAAAAGAGAGAGGCUGCCUCUUGGACUAGUCCAGUCUUCCCACGGGCUGCUCCCGACACUCGAGUCUCCUGUUACACUGACUGUGUUUCCAGGUUCUUCUUUCUUGCAUCCGGCUCUUGGUGAGAUUUUGAAGCCUCUCCAUGGCCAGCUCCUGGGAUUUCUCAGAACCUUCACCUCUCCUCAUCAACCAUGUGCCUUUGAUCACAGAACAAAUCCAGUAUGCGUUAUUUUAAGUACAUCCUUCCCACUCCUCUUCAUCACCACCCAGACCAUCAGUUUAGCCAUGUGCAGCUAAGUGGGGGCCAGUCCUAAUUAGAAAUGUGCACAGAAGCCAGGAGCAGGUGAGAUAGUGAGAGUGAGGACGAAGACAUGCAGAACAUUCCAGCUUACUCGCAGGGCUUGGGGCCUGGCCUGGCCUCUCUUGAAAGAGUCAGGUGUGUCCUUCUUACCUGCACAGCACACCCCCGAACAGUGGCAUGGGGUUUCUGACGUAACACCCCCUCACAACCACAUUGCUGGCAGAGGCAUCAACAUUCUGCUUUUUAUGUUUGAACGCUCAGAAUCCUCCUCGGUGCCUUUUUGCCUUUGCCCCUAGUCCUGCCUACUCACCCAGCCCUGUGAGUUCUUUUUUCCUCGCUCCCCUCGUCACUGGUCUCUAGCUUCUCUGACAGCAUCCUAAUCCAGCCGUGCAUCCCCUUGUCCUUGAUGGUCUGAAAAAAUCUCUGUGAAUAUCCUCCCUGCCCUGCGUUUCCCCCUCGAGUUUCUGCUGUUUUAGCAUGUGGCCAAGUAACACUUACUUGUAAACCAAAAUGUCCUGCCAUUUCCCCACCUGACCCGUCUUUGUCCGUUAAAUCAAGUCCAAACUCUGGCCUCUUCCAGACUCGCCGUUACUGGAUUUCUCUCUCCUCGCAACUACAUGUCCCAGUGCUCCUUCCUACCAGGUGAGCCAGCCCAGCAUUGACACUUCCUCGGGCGUCACAUUCUCAUCAUGGACUCUUGAGUUACGCUGUGUCCGGAGCUGCAACACUCUUCUCUCUUCUCUCUAAACAAAUCCAACUCUUAGUGGUCUGGCCACAUCUCGUGACCUCUACUGUGAGACUUGCCCCAGUGUCCCAGCCUGCCCUGCUUUCUCCUUUCUCUGCAUUCCUAUAGCACACACUACCUUUGUGUAGUUUACCGAUAAAUAACCCUUUGCUUUGCUACUCAUGGUUUAUGUGGAAGAUGACAGUAUCAUUUAUUUCCCAAACUAUGACACUUUGGAGAGUGAAGAUGGUGCUCUUGAUCAUUUCCCCAGGAAAACAGGCAUUUUGAACCGUCCUGGACAAAUCAGGAUUUACGGUUGGACAUCUUGUCUUCUCAACAAGACUGCAAGCCCCUGUGGGGCGGAGACCACCUUCUAAAUUUGCUUUGCCUGGUCCUCGGCGUGUGACACGGUGCCACACACAUAAUCAGUGAUAAAUAAAUACAGGAAGGAAGGAAAGAGGAAUGGAAAGAACGAGGCAGUCAACGUAUCUCCAUGGAAAAUGGUGGUUUCUUAAAAAUGCCAACACAGCUCUGCUACAUUGGAUGCACAUGGAGCACAAAUAAUGGGAUAACUACACCACUUCUCCAUGACACCUCGGAGGAGGGCAGCUGAAAUUCCAGAAGGCAGAAUAUAAGACUGAAGAUGAGAAGAAACAACACCAACAGACAAGUCAGAUGGUGCACAACAGUCGAGGCUGGGAGAAAUCUCGUCAGUCAGAAGCAUCACGGGGAUCCCGAAUAUCAAACCCGUUUUGUCCAGUGGAGGCCCAGAAAGCUCUGACUUGUCGAGUGUCACAGAUCAGCCUCCUCAGUCCGCAGUGUGGAAGCAUGUCGUACUUUCAUUCAUACCGGAGAGCAAUCCUCUUCCAGUGUUACGUAUAAUAAUGGUAUUGUGGGACUGUGACUUAAACAAACCCCACAAUGGAACCCAUCAGCAGGCUCAAGAUGCCGGUUCCUGUUUUUGCCAUCUCAGAGCUUCUUGAAACGUCAGUAUGCUUAUCCACCCAUGUGUCUUUUUAGCACUCAUCAUCAUGGCGACAUGGUGCCUCAAAGACAGUACCAAAGAGAAGAGCACUUUUAUAUUGUCAGCCUCAAAACUCCCCCGUAGCCGAUCUCAAUUAGAGGGGGUCGUCACCAUUAAGAAAGAACAGGAAACAAAAGCCUCUGAGGCAUCAGCCUGUCCUGACACCCGGGGUCAUCACCCUGAUGUCACACCACCACACAACGCCCACAGGCCGGGAGCGGCAGGGAUGGUGGCAAGCGUACUGAUCCAACGACCUGAGCCUCGUAGGGGAGGCCCUGUCACUACCACUGCCCUCCUAGCUCAUCGCUCUUGUUCUUCCAGCCUUAGCCAUCUCUGAGUAUAGGUGGUGGUGAGGAACAGGAUGGUACCUGAACUUCCAGAAUGUUCCCUCACUUACUCUGGUACUGUGGGUACAGCUUCCGAAUUUACUGGCCAGGGUGUGAACUCAGCACCUCAUGGAAUGACUUCGAAAGUUCAUAUUGCAUGAAACCUUAGCUUUAUUUUUUUAAGAUUUUAUUUAUUUAUUUGAGAGAGAGCAAGCGAGAGAGCAUGAGCUGGGGGAGAGGCAGACAGAGCAGGAGAAGCAGACUCCCCACCGAGCAGGGAGCCUGAUGCGCGGGACUCAAUAUCCCAGGAUCCUGGGAUCAUGACCUGAGCCGAAGUCAGAUGCCUGACUGAGCCACGCUGGGGCCCCAGAAACCCUAGCCUUAAAAAUUGAGAGAAAAACACAGUACAUUGUCCUCAUCAUUUAUAUGCAGAGCAAACAAACACCCCAGCGCCCCGUGCAGCAGAGCUUGGGUAGAGGGAGAAUCUGUCACUUGCCUGACUUCUUGAACCUAUGGUUCUCUCAGGUCUGAUCUAGAAAAUACUUAAGUGAGUUAUACUAUUUCCAAGAUGCCUUCCAAGUAGAAUUUCUAUAAAUCUGUGAUUUUUGAAACAUUUUUCUUUGCCCAAAAAAGGGAGUAAAUAGUAAAACACCAUGACAUCAAAACUGGUUAUUAUCCAGACCUUAAUAUUUCGCAGAUACAAUUUAUUCCCUUGAAAUAUACCAAACACAUUAAACAAACAUGUGUUGUAGCAGCGAGCCAAAGGAAAGUGUUAAUCAUAUCUCCCACUAAGUUGUGUUAUAGAUGAGCUCUGCUGAGGGUUCUCUUGAAUCGAAGUAAAUUUAAAAUUAACUUUAAUUUGAGAAACCACUAAAGGCACUUUCUUUUAGACAGAGAUGCCAUUGUAGCAAAAGGAAGACAAGGGAUAUUGUUCUUCUCCCCCAGACUGCUCUGGCCUCAGAUCUUUGAGGAUCGCUGCGAUUAAACAAGAUUGCCCAGACCUCAAAGUCCCACCAGUUUGGGGAUCAUGAAAGGAGCAUUGUGGGUGUAGACUCACUCCUGACACUGCCAUUAAGGUCUUGAAACACUACCUUCUCUUGGGGGAGGGGGGGAGGUGUGGGUUGGCUAAUUUUUAAAGUCUCUGCCAGUUCAGAAAUUCUAUGGCUCAGUAAUUUUAGUCCAGAUUCUCAGAAGUAAUCCUAGAGAAUUAAAUAAAUAUGACUGGGAAUCAAUUUUAUGGAUACCUAAGGCCCUUUUCCUUACAACAGCCAACUGAAAAUUACAGCCCUGCACAGGGAUCAGCACUAGGGGACAAAGAAUUCAGUGGUCAUUAUGGUAACCCUUCACUCCGCUUGACCAGCUGACUGCCCUGCAGUCUCCUGCAUAGAUAAUUCGGGAGGAUCUUCUCAUUUCAUCAAUGAAUGCAUUAUUGUUUGCAUUACUGUAUUUUCUUGUUAACUUUAAAGAUUUCAUCUUUAGGUGCAUUAGUCGAUGAACUGUGCUGAAUCUUUUGGUUAAAUGAAAUCCCAAAUGAACUUGAGGGCUUGGUCUGAUCUCAAGACCUGUGGCUAUUUACUGAAGAAAUUCUCUAGUUCUUUGAAGUGAAGUCACAAACCAGAGAAAACCGUUUCUCAGGUUUAUUCUUUCACGAACUGCUGCCUGAGAUGGGCCAGCCACCGUGCAUGAGGGAGCCACCAUCUCUGGCCUUGCCAAGUGCAGUCUUAGUGAUCACUAUAUGCUGUUAUUUUGAAAACCACUGGUUAAGGAGUUCAGGGGGGCCUUGCCUGAGAAGGUCGCGUUUAUUUCAGCUGAGAGCCGGGGAGGGGGGCAGGUGAUGGACUGACGCCUUCCCCCUGCUGCUCUUGGCAGGCAAAGUACUGCGUCUUGUCGGGGCUCCCCCCCCCCAACCCCCGAGAGUGGAUGUGAGCAGCAGACUUGAGAUCAGUCAGAAUUGACGUCCCAGCAUCGUUCUGGGAGAAACUCUCUGACUGGUUCAUAGGCUGACAGAAGAAUGGCAUUUGUCAUUUGUCCCCAUUAGCAGUGGUUGUUAGGCCAGAAGGGGACAUAGAAUUCCUCUCCAUCUUGAAUGUGUUGAAGACGUUUUCCAAGAUUCAUUUUCUCUCCACCUUACCACUGAGGUUUAAAACAGAUGUUAUAUUUACUUCAAACCCCCCUCUUUUAUUUUUUAAGAAUCAAAAUAUUCGGGGCGCCUGGGGGGUGCUCAGUCGGUUAAGCGUCCAAAUCUUGAUUCUGGCUCGGGUCAUGACCUCAGGGUCCUGAGAUCCAGCCCUGUGUCGGGCUCUGCUUUGGGCGUGGAGCCAGUUAAGAUCCUCUCUCUCCCUUCCCUCCCUCUCUCUCUGCUCCUCCCCCUCCUUAAAAAAAAGUGAAAAUGUUCUUCUGCCAUCUCCUUUCUUUCUCCCUCCCACUCCAGAGUAACCUGAAGUUGGUGUGAUUCUUUCUCCCUUAUGUUUUUCCACAUUACUGCUUAAGUGUGUGUCCAUAAAUCACCUCUACUACUGUCUUGUGAAUUUAUGAAUCUACACGCACAGCCUCAUACUGUACUUUUGCAACUUGGCGACCUUUUUUUUUUCAAGAUUUACCCAUAUCAAUACAUUAUAAAUCUUGUUUAUUCACUUCAACUGCUAACCACCCUAUAAACACAGCAAUUUCUUUCUGCAGUCUUCUGUGAAGGGACAGUUAGGUGGUUCUUGUGCACGGUCAUCGAUGGCGACAGUCACUUCUGCGUUUCCUGCGGCUCGUGUAGGAGUUUCUCUGGGGGACACACCGGGGAGCGGAACUGAGGAUGUGAGCAUCUUCAGCUUCAUUAAGCAUUUUGCCAAAUGGCUCUCUCAUGUGACACAUCACUCACCUAUCCACCAGCAACGAAUAAGAAAUCCUAUUUUUCCUCAUUCUUGCCAACAUGUGAUUGGUGUUAACAAACUUCAAUUUUUGCACGUCUGAUUGGUCUCAAGCGGCACCCCCGUGGUGGAUUCCCUGAUUAUUAAGAAGGUUGACCAUCAUUUCAUAUUUACUACUAUUUGGUGAAUUUCCAUCCUUUUCCUAUCUCUCCAAUAGGCUGCUGUAGUCUUAUUGACAUCUAUGAAUUCUUUUGUCAGUUGCAUCUGUAACAAAUGUUUUAUUUUCUCACCUGUGAAUACUCUGCAUAUGACCUCUUUUAUCACACCAAAGUUUAGAUUUAACAACCAGAUAGACUACCUUAUGCUUUUUUUUUUUUUUUUUUUUGGUGCCCGUUUUAAGAAAUUCUCCCUACCGUGAUGAUAUAUAAUGGUAUUCCUGAUUUUUUUUUCCCCCAACAAAGUUUUAAAGUUUUAUCUUUUAUAUUCAGAUCUUUCAUCCCCUUGGAAUUUCCUUUUGCCUAAAAUGUGAGGGAAGGGGCGCCUGGGUGGCUCAGUUGGUUAAACGACUGCCUUCGGCUCAGGUCAUGAUCCUGGAGUCCCGGGAGCGAGUCCCGCAUCGGGCUCCCUGCUCAGCAGGGAGUCUGCUUCUCCCUCUGACCCUCCUCCCUCUCAUGCUCUAUCUCAUUCUCUCUGUCUCAAAUAAAUAAAAAUUAAAAAAAAAAUCUUUAAAAUGUGAGGGAAGGAUUUAAUUUGUUUUUUUCUCUGGGCACUCAAUCAUUUUAACACCAUCCUCUUUUUUUACAUGAAUUGUAAUUCCCCCUUGGUGCUAUAUUGAGCUCGCACUUUCCCUGUUCACACUUGGUCUUUUGUCCCCCUCUUAGCCAGUGCUACGGUUUUCAUUGGUUUGUCAUUACAGGAGUUCCCAGUAUCUCCUCCCCACCUCCCCUCUGUGCUCAGUGCUCUUCUUCCUUAGCUACGACCUAUAGCAAUUCUUUGACUGAGGGUCUGUGUGGUGUGUUAUUUCAGUCUCUGUUCUGAUCAUUUCUCUAUUUCACCCUCACUGAGGAAUGAUGAGGAGUCCAGUGGGGUACUGUGUUCUAGACUGAGGGUUGUUUUUGCAGAGCAAUUUGAAAACAUCCCACUGUCUUCGAGAUUUUGUUGCUGUUUUCAGUCUGUGGUUCUUUUGUAGAUAACCUGUCUUUUCUGUCUAGUUGCUUUUAAGAUCUCUUUGCCUUUGGUAUUCUCUGUUUUCUUUAUUAUAAGUCUAGGUAUAUAUUUUUAUUAAUUUGCUUGGUUGCCUAAUUUGUAAUUGUGAUAGUAGGGCUUGGUAGUCAUUCAUGUGUGAUCGAUGGUGGAUUAAGAAUCAGGCUUUGCUUGAGGCACCUGGGUGGCAGUAGUCAGUUGGGCUUCCGACUCUUGAUUUCAACUCAGGUCUUGAUCUCAGGGUCGUGAGAUCAAGCUCUGCAUUGGGCUCCACGGUGGAGCUUACUUAAAAAAGAAGAAGAAGAAGAAGAAUCAGGCUCUAUUCCAGUGUGUAUAAAAUGUUCUCUGCAAGAAGGCUCUUUUAGUCUCAAAACACAGUGUCACUAACAUUCCUUUAGGAAGAAGCUGUUUUGCGAGGCUGCAAAAUAGAAACGCUCUUGACCUGCCUGCUCUGCCUCCCUUCCUCCCAAGCGACACUUGCCAGUCUCUCUGACUCUCUUCUCUCUGCACAUCUGUUCCGUCUCCUUGCCAGCUGGCUUCCUCCACUUGGUUUCUGCCCACCACAAUUCUGGCUUGCAAGGUGUGCCGGGUCCACUCACGCCGUGAGGUCUCAGCUUUGCCCACUACUGCUCAAGCCUCAUCCUCUCAUUGCUUGCUAUUCUGAGAAGCUCAUCCUUUUGUGUAGUCCGUGGCCUGGCUUCCCUUAGGCCAAGUGCCCAUCACUGCUGUGGCCAAGCUGAGGGCACAGGUAUGAAACAUUCCUGCCCGCUUUGGCAGUAGGGGCUGGGUCAGGGGGGCGGUUUCCCAGAGGCAUCCUUGAGCUUGGCCGGCCCCACACCGUCCAGGUGCCUUUGCUUCAACUCAAACCUUCUGUUGAGUUUUUCAUUCUAGCACCUUGAUUCCAAAAAGUGAGAGUACUGAGUUAUGACAUCAGAUGUUUCAGAUACUAGAAAGAUAAUCCCCCCUUACACAUUAAUUAAUUGCAUCGUAGCUUAUUGAUCAGUCCCUUGUAGGUUUAGUUAUUGUGAGCAGGUGUCUCAGGCAUGAACCCCUGGGUGGUCUGAUACAAUCAGAGUUUUGAAGCUACACAGCCGAAGGCCCAUCCCUACACCAGUAGAACUUGUCCGAGAUCUGGAGCAUCAGAACACCAUGCACCAUCCGCCAGCCCUUCUUCUAGCUCUUUCCCUUUCUCUCCUAGUACCUUAACUUUCCCAUUUCUUGUGACUUUAAUAAAUUAAUGAAAUGGGUAUCAAGCCUAUGACUUGUGGAUUUCAGCUGUCCCCAGGAAUUUGGGAAAUGAAGCACUAUAUUAUCAUCAAAGAAAAUAUAUUCUCUAUUAGGUCCAUAUAAAAUUUGGACCAAAGUCCUCAGUCUGAGUUGAAAAUACCUGUAGACCCACCCUCCCCAAGGCCCACUCUCCUUCUCCCUUCCUUGUCUCAGGCCAACGGAUCCCUUUGAUCUGGAGGGGAGGUGAUCUCACAGACCUGCCUUGUCCUCUCCCUUCUUGUCCCCAUGCUUCUGUUUUGUGUAGAUGAAAGUAAGACCGAUGUUCACAACAUUAACUUAGCUAUUGAUUUGCUUAUAUUUAGAAUUCAAUCAUUAUUCUUCUACGAAAUCUAUGUGCUCAUAUAUAACUUUAAAUUAAAAAUUAAAUAAUUUAUGUGGAAAAUAAUCCCUAUUAGCCGUGUGGUCUGGGACCGGUUACUUAACCCGCCUGUACUUUGAUUUUGUCUCUAAGGCAGGAUCACAACACCUGCACCAUCAGGUUACGGCGACCAUUAAAUGAAAUAGAUCUAUAACGUGCUUAGCUCAUGGGAAGCUCCACAUAAUAGUUUUAAAAGAGUAAAGGGAAGAGGGGGCCGUGGGAGGGUGCUGGUGGUCUUCGGGUUGCUCACAUGUGAGGAGGGGGGACGUGGGCAGCCUGCAGGGAAACCUCAUCCGCUCCCCCUGCAGGCUGGGCCCAGGGUUCCCUUUCCUUGGCACAGCCCCAAGACCCGACCACAGAGAGAGCUCUUUCCACUGGUCCCUGGCCCCUCUCGUGCUCUGGGAGAUGGGCGGGGGCCGGGAGGACCUGGCGCCUUCAGUUUGGCUUGACAGCCACCUUGAUGGCCACUUGUCUGUUUGACCAUAACUUAAAACUGCGUCAUCAGAUCAGAACUUGGGCUCUCUCUGCUGGCAGCUGUAGCCUCGUCUGAAGGUGCCACAGAGAAACUGAAGCUCUGCAGGUCUCCUGCUUCUCCAAGUGUCUGUGCGAUCCAGUGACUUCCUUUAAAAGUCCACCCCAUGCUCUGCUUUUCCCAGCAUAGGGAGCCAGAAAAAUCCAAAGGAAAGGUCCGCUAGGAACCACCGCGUGAACAGAUAGCUGUUUGGGGAACACGGCCAAUCUACUGUGUUCUCAGCAUGGCACAUUCAGACACGCCGUACACCCGCUUGUUCAUUGGUGAUUACAUUAAAUGCUGCGUUUCCCAGGGAAGGAUCUGCUCAGCCACCACCAGCUUAUUCAUUAUUUAUAUACAAUUAAAGGGCACGGUUCACAUGAACACAAGCAUAUGAGAAAAGUCAUUAUUCAUGUACAGAUCAAAUUGAACAUUUGUCAUUUCCCUAGUGACUUAACAUACUCUUUGUACCUUGGGACCUCAAAUUAUAUUAAGCACAAGGGAUGCUUUAACUCUUUUAUUUAGUCUAAUUGUUGGCUUUAAUCCGCUUGCUCGGAUUAUUCGGACUUGUUUAAAAUUAGUCCUUGCUUCUCCUUAAUAUAUGAAAAUAGAAAAAGAGGGAAAUUUCGUUUUAGUACCUAUUGCAUUCUAAGGAUGAAUGCAAAUUGUUCUAUGAUUCUUAAUGACCCACCAUUAACAUAGUAGGAAGCCCAGUGCAUUAAUGCAAUGCCUCUUUUCACAUCAUUACUCCUAAUGGAACUGUUACCAGGAUAAUAGCUUGACCUUUAGCUAUAGAUUCAGACAGCAGAAUAUAUUCUGCUUACUCGAUACCUCUAUUCACAUAGCAUAUUGAGCAUUUUCGGAUCAAUACAAUGACAAUCUUUUGGCCUCGUUCUAAGGCCUCAUCUGCGCAUGUAACAGAGAAUAGGAUUUCAUCUUCAGUAGAUAGAUCCAAGUUAAAAGUCUCUUUUACAUUUGAAUGUAAUCCAUGAAAUAGAACGUCAGUAAUACGCCCAGUGGAAAUAUUUGUUGGUAUAGAUAUUUUCCGAGAAGCCUAAUGCUGUGCCUUCAAAGGUCUUAGACACAGACCCAGAAGACAAAGAUUUCCCUGGCUUCUUUUUAUUGUAACCGGAUAAAUUUUAACUGAAAGGAGAAAGAAGAAAUAGAAAUUAUUGCCUUUUUAGCGGGUGACAGAAUAUUUGAGCCCAAGAUAAGCUUAGAAGGAUCUGCUUGCAAGUCCCUCACAGAGUGGGAGAAAACACUCCAGAGCCUUCCCUUUGGUUCUCCUAAACUUGGUCAUUGACAUGCGUGGUUGCUGGGGGUCAUUUUGAUGUUGGCAUAACCCACAGUGACUUUGUAAUUUCGAACCACUGUUUUCUAGUGUGUGCUAAUUUAGACACAUGCAUUUCACAAUCUAAGAAAAGAGGGGUUGCUAUGGAAAUUAAUUAUACAAAUAAGGUCACAGGGAGGGAAAUGUUUACCUGGUAAGAUGAUAUAUUCAGUCAUUUUUGUGGUACACAUUUUCAUAUAAACUAACAGUGUGCUAAAUGCAAUUAUUUUCUUUCUGUUAAAAUAGAACUUCGAGAACCUUUUGGCAGUUCUCUGAUCAGCAAAUGUUAUUGUUGGCAUUUGGAUAUAAUAUAGCCUUUUUUUUUUUUUUAAAGAUUUUAUUUAUUUAUUUGACAGAGAGAUAGACAGAAGAGCACAAGCAGAGGGAGUGGCAGAGGGAGAGGGAGAAGCAGGCUCUGCACUGAGCAGGGAACCCGAUGCAGGACUCGAUCCCAGGACCCUGAGAUCACGACCCGAGCCAAAGGCAGACGCUUAACCAUCUGAGCCACCCAGGCGCCCUAGCCUUUUUUAACUGUAUUCCAUGAAUUAAAACUUUCUAAGUAGUCUAAAUUCAUGAGCUAUUGUAUCUGCUGCCAUUAGAAACAAAACUGGAAAAUAUGUGUGUUCAUCAAAUAUUUAUUGACUUCUUGCUUAGUACAGGGCACUGUGGUCGGUGCUUUGAGGGAGACAAGAUAAAUGAGGACCCUUGAAGUGGUCUCCGAUCUGGUGUAGGAGAUUCAAGAGCACACCUGCCCCUGGGGAUAUCACUUCGUCUGCCUCCCUCCCGAGUAGAGACCGCUGGCUUGCUCAUGCCCACAGGCCAUAUACUGGACAGCCAGGUUGACAUUCUCCCCGAUCCUCAGUUCUGCUUCCUAAUCACCUCCCUUCCUCUGCUCGGCUGGGGCUGGGGUGGACCCUUUCCACCAAGGCUCUUAUCACAGCUGCACGCUUUCCUCUCCCUCCCAGGUCCUGCUGGCACCUUGAGUGACUUCACUGUCCUCAGGAAAGAUCCUGACCCCCUAGCCGCCUCACGUCCAGACCUCAUCCACAGUGGCCACACCGUAGCAUCCUCAUACAGAGCUGCCGCGCCGCUGAUGCCUUCCUCUCCGGCGUGAUACUCUCAAUUGCCCUCACUCUAUGACACCUCCUUGCCAACCCCACUGAUACUCCUUUCCCUGAUCCCCAUAAGUUUUUCCAAGCGUCUGGGCCUUUUUCUGGCUUUGCUUCCUUCCCAGAUUUGGGUAGGGACAGGAGGAGUGAAGAAAGCAGAGGUAAUGAAGGCCAGCUGGCAUCUGCAAGCACUUUAUGUCCCUGUCCUCCUGCCAGAACCGUCCAGCAGAAUCCCGACCUGGACCAGUCCUAUCAUCCAGUGGCGCCACUCCUAGCUCGGAGCUGCAAGGUGCCACGGGCCUGUUGCCACCACAGGCGCAUAGGCUUCUCUUCUGCUCGGCAUCCUCACGUCCUCAGUCUGCUGCUCUCCUCUUCCUCUUCUUCUCAGAAGCAAUCCCAGACAUUGCCCACACUCUCCCUGCCCCUUGCCACUGAGUCACUGAGGUCCCAGGAGUGACUGCUCCAACCUAGACCACUUCUAAAUCCACCCCAGCUCCCAUUCCCUCUGGGCGCAGAGGGGGAAGUCUUCCUCCUGUUCAAGGGCAGCCCCAUUUCCACAUCCUACCACCUCGGUUCUUCCGGCGUGGUUCCUGUGACUGUCUCCUUCCUUCUCCUGGAUCCUGCCUUCUCCAGAAUGUAAACCAUGCUCACGUCUCCCCAGCCUGCAGCGCCACCCACGGGCCCCUCUUCCCUUCCUUCUCCCCAACUGAACCCGGUUUUUCUGGAAUGUCAUCUGUGGCCACCCCACUUCUCCCUUGAGGAGCUCCAGUGACACUUGGCAAAAGGCUGGGCCUGACCCUCUCUUCUGCGCUUCAGACUGUUGUCCCUUGUCUUCGUUAGGCCACUCACUGGUCCUUACGAGACCGCACUUCCCGGUUCUCCUGACUUCGCCAGUCCUGUGUCUUCUUCACUUUCCGGCUGGGGUUCCCUCUGGCUCUGUGCUUGGCCCAGCGCUCUGUUCAUUCCAUAUGCUCUCCCUUUCUCCCGUAUUCCCCAGGUCACAGGAUACCGGGCCAGUCACCCCCAUCACUUUCACUCUAAUGUUUGAAUGGGCCUGGUCCCCACUAUUUUAUCCAUACCAAGUAUUAGCUUUUUAACAUUGUUUUUCUGAGUUAGUAGAUAUAAAGUGUGUUUUGCAGUUCUUUGGCUUAUAUAUUGGCUGACCAUUUCUCCUAGAUACACUUUGUCCAUUUAUCUAUAGAGACUUUGGAAGUUUUUCUUUUAUUUGAAUGAACUUUUUUUUCUUAUUUUGGUGGUAGAUAUUGAACCUCUUCAGUCAUAUUUAGCGCAUCCAGCUUUUCUCAUUCUGAUGAAAUGCUUCUUUUUCAUUCAGUAGAAGUUUUACAGUUUUAUAGAGUCGAAUCUGUCAACAUUUUCCCUUGCUCUUUCUUUUUAAAAGAAACCUUUAAAACAUUAAAACUGCCAGUAUUUUAAAUACCACGAAGGCAGGGUGAGCUGACCGCAUGCUAGGUCUCUUGCUUGCAGGGAGCGAGUUGCACAGAUGGGGUGUGAAAGCGCCCAGGACGGAGGGAAGCAGAACUGUCCACAGCAGCGCCGGGAUGGGCAGCCACACACUGCGCGCCUUUCGAGAAGGCCACCGUCCUGUCUCCCUCGUGUCCUGUCACGACCCCCUCCGUGGUCCCCCACGUGCUCACCGGGCAGCAUUCCCCUGGGUGCUGGCACAACAUGCCAGAGGCUGACUCGCUGUCCAGCUGGGACUCUCACUAAGACACAUCUGCAUUUUUUUUUUAAGAUUUUAUUUAUUUAUUUGAGAGAGAGAAAGAGAGAGAGCAUGAGAGGGGGGAGGGUCAGAGGGAGAAGCAGACUCCCUGCCAAGCAAGGAGCCCAAUGCGGGACUCGAUCCCGGGACUCCAGGAUCAUGACCUGAGCCGAAGGCAGUCGCUUAACCAACUGAGCCACCCAGGCGCCCGACACAUCUGCAUUAUUAAGCGAGUACUGACUGAGUUCGUGGGAAGCACCAUGGGAAUGCCAUCUUUUUGUGUCAUCUUGCAUUGUGUGUGAUCUUGCCUAAGAUUCAAUUUACCAACAGUAAUAAUCCACUGGCUGAAUUUUGUCAUGGUGUCAGCGGACCCCGAGGAAGCACUUUCUCCUCUGCCCGUAAGACAUAUAUACACGGAUGUGGAACAGAUAGAAAGAGCGGUUCCAUAUAGCCAGUUGCGUUCUGAGGCACCAUCCAGUGUAUGUGAGCGGGGUCCUGCCAGCCUCCAUCUUUACCAAGGAAACGUCAUAAUAUAGACGUUGAAGAUACCCACUUUUAGAAAUACACUUUUUUUUUUUUCUUCUUGGGAUAUAUUCCUAUUUCAGAUCUGCAUGGUUUUAUUUAAGUGUUUAACAAUAUUUCAU